AUGCUCGCCUGGCAGCCAGUCCGCGCACUCGCACGCAUCGCAGCGCGGCCACCCUCCGCCAGCAGCUGGGCCACCGCCGCCUUCGCCUCGCGCUCGCUCACUCGCCUCUUUUCCCCGUCCCUCCCGAGCAAUGCGGCCGGUCCCCUAGGCGUCCGCACCUUUGCCGCCUCGACAGUCGCCUCGCUCAUGCGCAAGCCCACUCGCAUCAAGCUGAAGACGCAUCAGGGGGCCGCAAAGCGGUUCAAGGCGAUCGCGAACGGCUUGUACAAGCGAGCUCACUCGGGCAAGGCGCAUCUCAACAGCAACGGCAACAUGUCGAGCACCCGGUUGAACAGGCUCGGCAAGACGGCGUACGCAAACACGGCCGAGCGGAGAAAGCUGCGCAGAUUGAUGCCGUACUCUUGCUGA